AUGAAGACAUGUACAGGAGAGAAGGCCCAGAAGUGUGACCCAAAAGUCCCCCAGAAGUGUGACUACAGCACAACAAGCAAAGGGAACUUACUAGUAGACAGACUCAUGGCUGAACACAUGGAUGUGAAACACUACAUGUGUGGAGAAUGCGGUUACCAGGCGGCUGAUAAGUCCAGCUUAUCACGGCAUGCAAAGAUACAUACAGGAGAGAAGCCGUACAAGUGUGACCAGUGUGACUACUGCACGGCUUGGAAAUGGGACUUGGAAAAACACAAGGUAAAACACACCGAUGAGAAACCCUACAUGUGUGGGGAGUGUGGGUUCAGGACAGGUUACAGGUCUACCUUGACAAGCCAUAUGAAGAAACAUACAGAAGGCUUGCAUACAGAUGGCUGA